AUGGGUGACCCAUUCUCUAUUGCCAGCGGCGUCGCUGGUCUCGUUUCACUCGGCCUUACCGUCUGCAACGGCCUUCACACUUACUUCAGCGCUAUCAAGGACAGGAAGGAUGAUCUCGCAAUUGUCACACAAAACCUGGCCCUGUUCAAAUUCCACAUUUUCGCCGUCCAAUCUAGUUCAUCAAAGCUUGGUCAUCGUCAUUCUCCAGCCAUCGAUGGCUUGCAGCUAAGUUUGAUGAAUUGCGAAAUGCAGCUCAAAUGUAUUGAAUCAUUGCUCAACGACUUGACGCCAGCCGAAAAUCCGUCGUUGGCCAAGGAGACUUGGAGAAGACAGAAACUGAUUGCGCGGUAUCCUUUUGAUCGCAAGAAGCUGGUGCAGCUGGAAGAGUAUCUCUCACGAGCAAACAUUACUCUGAGCAGUUUUAUACAAGCCCUCAACCUUGAUAUAAAUGUCCGGAUGAGUGACGAGUUGCAGGCUUGUAAAAUAUCUCUGGAAGCACUGAACACCAACACUCGUACCACCUUGAGAACGAUCACCACCAGACUCGACUUCAUCAGCCCCACUGUAGGACCUAGCACCCUCCAAGUUGUUCCCUCCUGGGAAGAAGACGUUACAGCCUCCAGUAGCAAUAGUAUCGCCUUGCACCAGACCGCCAUGGGCGCGGAGAUGAAGUCUUGUGGCCCCGGAAAUGAGCGAUCUUUCAAAGAUCUCACCGACGUACAUUCCAAGGCUCGUUAUCUACAGAAUGCGGAGCUCGAACAAAGGCUUUUCAAAAACCUGUCAAACAUGAAUUGUACCUGUGGGGCUUCAAGUGGCCGGACUAGUAAUCGUCCCGCAAGUCGCACGUACCGAUUCUGGGGGGGUCUGACCGUCUCAAGACAAGGAGAUGUACGAGCAAAUCAUCGCCCCGGAUCUGGAAAAGCAUCACCUUUUGAUAUUGACAGAGAGGGUAAUAACGUCGCUCACAUGUGCUUGAAACUGACGACUUUGGAGACACUUUUGUUCUCUUUUGACUACAUAGAAGCACUGAGCAACUGGCCUGAUGGGCUCAGGCUACUUUUACAACGGCAAGAUGUUUGGUCGUUGAUGGACCCGAUGGAUACACGCCUCGACCAUCUCGCUCCUCUGGAUUUCGCUCUAUUCUACAGUAAGAUCUACUGCAACUCUGCGGAUGAGUGGACAGACUGUGAUAACUGCACUUGCUAUGUUGCUGUUCAACUUCUGCUCGAAGCUGAUUGUAAUGUCACUGUCGGUUAUAGACGCCCUGCAACCCUAGCUGGUUGCUCCCUGAAGGCCCGAAAACUAUUCUUCAAGCACCUUAAGGACAGACGUGAGCGAUUACGAAAUUUCGCUUCUUCAGUUCUUCCUGAAGAAACCCUGCGUCAAUAUGGGGUUACUGCGAAUUGUUUCCCUGACAAAACUGCUAUUGCGUUAUGGACCGAACUGCAGGAAGCUAACGAUCAUCGGGAUCGGCGAGUACAGGUUCCUUGUAGUCUCAAGCCUUGCAACGAUGAAUUCUUGAGCAAUCCCGAGAGUUUUUUCGAGUACCCUCACCACCUACAGGUUGUAGAGCUAGCACUCGACUACGGUUUAGCACCUAAGGAUGAGAAGGGGGUUCCGACACUUCUGUCUGGCACUGACAUCAAACCGGAUUGGCUACUCCGGCAAGACCUAAACCUAGAGCUGCCAUUGGAGCCCUUUCGGGUUUCCAUUCUUCAUCCCAUUGCAGUUUUCAUUGGAGAUCGCAUCAUCAUGUCUUUAAGACAGGUCAACGCCUUCAAUCCGCACCGGGACGUCUGUAUAUCUGAACUACAGUAUUCAAGGACAUUGUUGCCAGCAAUAUGUCGCAGCAACUCCCGAUGCAAUAUCCCAUGCCCAUGUUCAUCAGGCGAGUUUAGCCGACCUUUGGCACAUGUCUUGCCCGGAAUACUCCGAAUUCUGCAGGGUCAAGAUCACAUCGACUCGGUAUUUGCUUCUCAGAGGAUGGCAGAGAUCAUAGAACUUGUGGUCCGUUCUAUCAAUCUGUUGAAGCUUUCUGAUGGCAGCUCUGAGCAAUCAUACAUGGCGAUUUGUGCAAUCCAUAUUCUGACGAUGAUGUCCUUGGGAGUAAGGCACUUGCCAAUCUGCCUUAUAGAACGCUAUUAUCACGAAUACGACUCAGGCUGUGAAGAGGAAGACUGGAAGGAAAUUCUAGACGAGGACCGAGAGUUGAUCGCUCAGCUGCAAACACUUGACGAAGAAUUUGUAGAGGCUUUUGGCUGCCAAGAUGUUCCCAUAAAUGAGUUUCUCCGAGGAUACUGGCUGUCAAGAAUCAAGGAAGUCAUUGGCAAGUUGAAUAAACCCCUGGCUGAUGACGAUAGAUAUGAGCUUUUGGAGGCCGGAGUGGUGUUGGACGAGGACGAGACUGGUGGUUCUCUAUGUCGCGUUAAGCAUCCGGAAUGA